AGCUCACUGAAGACUGAAGACAUCUAACCUCGACUGUUUUGAGUUCGUCUCCACUGUUUUGUUGGUGAAAAUGUCGUUGAGCAAAGAGACAAAUGAACCUCAGUUCAUGGAGCAGAACACAGUGGUGCUGCUGAUCGGCAAAAGUGGAUGUGGGAAAAGCAUCACAGGAAACAUGAUCUUCAAUGCUUCAGUGUUUGAGUCAAGACUAAGCUCUACAUCAGUGACGAGAGUCAGUCAAACACACACUGCAUCUGUGAAUAACCGCAGACUAACAGUGGUCGAUACUCCAGACUUCAGAUUCUCCACACACACUGACUUUGACUCAAACUCUGAGCUGAAGACCACUCUUCGGUCCUGUGCACCAGGAGCUCAUGUUAUUCUGCUCUUUCUGCCUUUAAGCACCUUCACUGAGCAGGAGCAGGAGUUCAUCCACUGGUUUGAGCAGAAGUUUGGUGCAGAAGCUCUCAGAUUUACUCUGGUGCUCUUCACUCAUGCAGAUAAACCACACAUGAGGACACUAGGAGAACUGAUCAGGGGAAACGGCCAAUUAUCUGAUUUCAUUAACCGAUGCGGUCGCAGAUAUCAUGAGUUCAACAUUAAAGCUCCAGUAAACAGUCGACAGGUGACUGAACUGAUGGAGAAAGUAAAGAGACUGGUGUCUGAGAACUCACACUCCUGCUACACACUGGAGAUGAUGGAGGACGAGGAGAAGAGGAGAAAAGAGAAGGAGAGAAGAGAGAAGGAAAAAAAAGAGGGAGAACAUCAGAUUACAUUAGAGAGAGUCAGACGAGAGACAGAGAUGCGAGUCAGGAGAGAAUAUGAGGAGGAGAGACAGUGGAGAGAAGAGGAGGAGAAGAAAGAGAGAGAACAUCAGAUUACAUUAGAGAGAGUCAGACGAGAGACAGAGAUACGAGUCAGGAGAGAAAAUGAGGAGGAUCGACAGAAGAGAGAGAGGAUGAAGCUCUUCAAACAGAUAAUCCUGAGGCGCAUCUAUGUGAUUACAGUUUUCUCUGUAGUGACAGGGUUUGUGCUGGUGAGUAGGAAAGACUCUUCACUGUGGAUAUUCAUGUGUGGCUUCAUUACUGGAGGAUCAGCAGCCACUACUGGAGUUUGCUGUGGGAUUUUCUGGAGACUGAUGUGGAGGAGUCCGUUCAUCUCUUCUUCUCCUCAUGAGAGUCCCAGUGCGCUCAGACACUUUCUGCUGAAGACGACAGGUGUUGUGUGUGGUUUAACUGUUGGAGCUGCCAUUGGUCAUUUGGUUGGAGGAAAUUUACUUCCUGUUACAUUGAUAACUGGUUUAGCUGGAGCUGCUGGAGCCUUGACAUCAUUACAGAGAGACUGGUGAUGAGUUACAGAUUAGAGAUCUGCAUGGGACUGAAAUUUUAAUCCUAUUCCUGCCAGGUUUUAUUCCACACCUGACCGCUCCCGCCAUAUAUUCAGUUUAGUUCACCCUCUGCCAACUUGCCCCAUUUUUUACCCGACCUGACCGUUUCUGCUAGAUUUAGAUCUGGUUUUCAAAAUCUCACAUUUAAGUUGAGUACUGUCAAAAGAGAGAGAGAGAGAUAACAGAUAAAAGUGUAGGUUGUGCGAGGAUUUUAGGCUACAUGUCAGUGUUGUUUGCCUCUUUGUGAUGAGACAUGAGUGUCACCUUAAACAGUGAUAUGCGGUGAGGUUUGCGGCUGGUGAGGCACUGACUCUUUCAGUCAGAUUUGCAAACAUAUCCACCCGAUAUAUUUGCCAACUACUGAUUGUGUUUCAAAUAUCAUAUCAGCAUUAUUUCUAUACAUGUAGUAGGUACGUAUUGGGCCACAGAAGAAUGUAUAGCGAUUAAAUAUGCCUCCCAGAAACACCACCCUGCUGAAAAAUCCAGCGUAAACCAGCCUAGGCUGGUUGGCUAGUUUUAGCUGGUUGAUCAGCCUGGUUUUAGAGGGGUUUUGGCCAUUUCCAGCCUGUUCCUAGCUGGGCAGGCUUGAAAAUGACCAGCUAAAUCCAGCUAAAACCAGCUUGACCAGCCUGGUUUAAGCUGGACAUAGCUGGUUUUGGCUGGUCAUCUUCCAGCCUGACCAGCUAAGAACAGGCUGGAAAUGGUUGGAAACCAGCCUGGAAAUGGCCAAAACCCCUCUAAAACCAGGCUGGUCGACCAGCUAAAACCAGCCUAGGCUGGUUUAAGCUGUUUUUUUUUCAGUAGGGAACAGCUGAUGUUACAGAGUCAAGUCAGCCUAUUACAAGCAACGCACAUGCUCUCUUUCUCAUUCAAACACACACAGAGCACCACGGCGGAUGCACGCUCUCACGUUUGCAUUUCACAUUUAGGUGCUUUAUUGGCAUGACAAAUAACUGUACAUUCGUAUUGUCAAAGUACAGUGUUGCUGAGUACAAACAAGGAAGUGCAAAAGGGGCAGUAUUACAAAGCAGUAGCGCUCUCUCUCAUUCUCUCUCACACACAGCACUUCAGCGGAUGUGCGCGCACGCUCUCUACCUUGGGAUCGCGCGCUCUUUCUCUCAGAAGUGCUAUAGGUAGGCUGCCCGCUCCCGUUCAAAUUACACCAAAGUUCCUGACCGCUACAGCGUUUUAUUUGGAAAUUAAUUCCCACACCGCAAGAAAACAGGUCAGGUGCCACGGCUCGGGACACGGGAAUGCAGACCUCUAAUACAGAUCAUGAUGAAAUGAUACUCUUUAAAUGCUCGACAUGUUAAUUGUGCUUCUGUUUCAGUAUUAAUUCUUUAAUCUCAUUCUGAUGUAAUAUGGGUCAUAAAUAAUGCUCAGAUCACCAAAAGAAAUGACAAAAACUAAUGAACAGUACAGCUUACAAAAUCAGUUAACGGGUUUUAUUUAGCUCAGAUUAUUUGGCAAAUCCUCUGGAGUUUUUGAGUUGUCAUUUUUCACGAAACGAUAGAUUAGAUGAUUAGGUCUCUGUUUUAUUUGUGAUUCUAACCAAUGUUCAUUUUUCUGAGGUUAAAUAUCAGCAUUGAUGAGAACCUGACAUGAUAAUAAAUGUAAUGUGUGUAAAAUUAUAUGUUGGUGUAUUUUAAAUGUAAGAUAAAUCUGUAUUCCUAGAUGCCACAUUUACAGCUAAAGUUUAUAUCCAUCCAUCCAUCCAUCCUCUCUGUCUUUCUGUCUGUCUGUCUCAUUUUAUAUACUAUUCUAAUCCCCAUAACUUCAGAAUAUUUUUUAUUGUGCCUUGUCAUAAUAAAUUGAAUAUAUAAAGUGUGAAUUGGAGAUGGAGAGACCAAUUUACAUAGUGUUGUGUCUAGAGUUUAAGGGAAAUGUAACAGAAUCAGGAUAAGCAUGUGUGUGAGCCAAAGUUCAACAAGAACCCAUGACAGAUUUAAUCAUAGCUCAAAGAAUAUGCAUGAUUUUUAUUGUUGUACUGUAAAUUAAGAGGUGAUCAUAAAUACAGUUGUGAAAAAUAA